GCUCCAUAGGCAUGUUGCUGGAAAGGAGCACUAACAGAUAAACAGCAUAUUGCAAAUAAGAAAAGGUCAAGCAUGCUGACUGCUCUCAAAGGCGCAAGGCUCUCCUUAAGAUUCUUCAGUGGUGCCUGUGAUAAAGUGUCGGAUGAUUUAAAGUUGUUGGGUCCUGCUGUUUUAAGGCGGCUGAUUAGGAAGGAAGAUUCCAGAAUAACCAACACAUCUGGAUUAGCCGCUGGAUACCGGCAAGCAAAUGUUGUCAUCAUUCCCAAACAUCUGGCCAAAGAUUUUGAAGUGUUUUGUCGCAAUAAUCCGGCGCCUUUGCCACUUCUGUACUGCAGCCAACCAGGAGAGACCUCAUGCCCACCUCUGGCCAAAGACGCCGACAUCAGGACAGACAUCUCACAGUACCGAGUGUAUCAGGAUGGUGUUCUGGAAAACGGUGUCUCCAGCCUGCUGAACUACAGCAAGUCACUCAGGGUGGUCUCGCAGAAUCCGUCUGUGCCGUGUAUGGAGUGGUCAGACAUGGUUUGUUUCUAUCUGGGCUGCAGCUUUGGCUUUGAGGGCAGCCUGAAGAAAGCUGGAGUUGUUGUCAGGAAUGUGGAGCAAGGCCGCAACGUCAGCAUGUACAAGACUGCUGUUCCCUGUAUUCAAGCUGGUGUUUUCAGUUGCCCUCUCGUGGUGUCGAUGCGUCCAAUUCCACCUGCCAUGCUGGAGGCAGCAGUCCAGGUCACAAGCCUUGACCCCCAAGCACAUGGAGCCCCAGUGCACAUUGGCGAUGGAGCUUUGCUAGGCAUACAGGACCUGUCCCGACCAGAUUAUGGGGAUCAGGUUGAGCUGCAGCCCGGUGAUGUUCCAGUCUUCUGGGCCUGUGGAGUGACUGCCAUAGAGGCAAUCGUCAGAAGCAAGCCAUCGUUGGCAUUCAGUCACUCACCGGGCUGCAUGUUCUUGACUGAUGUUCAAGACCCCUCCCUCCGAUCCCACGGCCCUGACAGCAAGAAAUCCGAAGCCACAGCCCUCUGCUUCCAGAUAUCUGAAAACCCCUUGUUCUACAGUCUGGCGUCGCAGGGUGCUGUGGCACAGAUCAGGCAUCUGGACGCAAUCAUCGGAGAAGACCCAGGUCAACGGGGCAUCAAAGCUUUGUUUAUUCAAGAUGAACUUCUACGCUCUUGUCUGGCACUCUCGCACUCAUCCUCUGUUGCCAUAACGACAGGCUUCCCAACACACUACAUGCACAGUCCUCCUGAUGAGACUGAUGGCCCACCUGGAGCUGUUGCCAUGGCAACCAUGCUGCUUUCCCUCGGCAAGCAAGUUACAUUGGUGACGGACAAGAGAGCCUUGCAGAUGAAUCAGGACAUUAUUGAUGAAGCUGUGACGACAGGUGUACUGAAAUCAACCAUUCCACUGGUGGUCUUCGAAGACAUUGGUCCGAACUCUUCACUUCACUUUUUGUGUCACCACGGAGAUCCCGCUAAACCAAGGUAUGACCACCUAGUAGCCAUAGAGCGCAGUGGGCGAGCUGAGGAUGGAAACUACUACAACAUGAGAGGAGUAAACAUCAAGCAUCUUGUGGAUCCAAUCGACGACCUUUUUAUUGCUGCAAAUAAUAUUCCAGGCAUUACCACUAUAGGAAUCGGUGAUGGUGGAAAUGAGUUGGGGAUGGGGAAAGUGAAGGACAGAGUCCAGAAUCUGAUGCCAAUGGGGCAUCUGAUAGCCUGUGAUGUGCCUGCUGACUACGCUAUCGCUGCAGGGGUUUCCAACUGGGGAGGGUACGCAGUGGCUUGUGGCCUUUACCUGCUCAACACCUGUCCCGUACAUAAGAGAUAUCUAAACAAAGGCCUGGGAAUGGAUCACCAAACCCCCGAAGAGCUGCAAGAUUGGAUUGCUAAUUUGCCGUCCGUGAAGAAGGAGGAGUCUAUCUUGUCAACUCUUGUGCGUUUCGGCAUUCGAUCUGGGAAAACGGCUCAUCUGGCCAUGGAGGUGGAUGGUUUGACCUUUCAUCCCACGCACUCUGACAUCAUCACCAGACUGCUCAAAGUCACUCACGGCUCAGCUGAUUAGUCUACUCGUGCCUCCAUUGGAGUGGUGAAGCAGGAAGAUGUCCUCUAAUUCGGAAGAGUCCAAAUCUUCAUCCAUCUUGUUUUAAUCAUUUCGAAUCAUGCGUCAUUGACUUGAAAAAUUAAAAUAUACAGUACACAUUUUUUUGUUUUCUGGAAUCAGUAUCAAGUUUGAAUCACAAAGUAAGUAAUGAAUAUUUGGGGAGUUUUGGUUUAUAACAAAUGAAGUAAUGUCAUCCCUUGUGAUACACUCAGUAACAGUAGGAAUCCAUUCAGUGAUGUUUUCCGUCCACAGACACAGCAUUUACUUUGAUAAAACAUUUGAAUAAAGUAACACCCAUCUGCUAGUAUCAAUCAAAACAAAGCAUUUGAACUUUGUAAAGACAGCGCUUUUGAUCUAUUUCUUCGAGUGGGAACCAGUAAAUUGGGCAUUUGCACUCAUGUUUUCCAGUUGUGUGAGAAAAGACGAAAGUCUGGCAUGUGUGCAGACCUUUUUGGAUGACAGGUGCUCAAACAAAAACAC